AUGACGCCGGUGGUGAUACCAGGGUGGAGAGGUACCCUCCACCGGAUGCUGCAGUCCAGUGCCUGUGACGUCAUCACAGGCCUUGUGAUUGUCUUUGAUGUGGCCCUCACAUGCGUCGACAUUGAUAUUCGAGCUGCGGGCGGGACUACUCCCCUGGCUUUGGAGCUUGCGUCGAACGCGUAUCUCCUGGAGCUUGUUGCCAUCCUUUUCGUCUGGAAGGGCCAGGUAUUCCGGGACCCAUGGACCUUGCUGGACAUGCUGAUCGUGAUCUUCGGGCUUGUGCAGCUCGUGAUGGGGUUCAUGGGUGUCUCCCUGGACAAGGUCACGAUCCUCCGAAUGCUGCGCGUGGUGAGGAUCAUGCGGCUCUUCCGUCUCUUCCGGAAAUUUGCGAUGCUCAAGGAGUUGCGGAAGCUGAUCCGGAUGACAGCCAGCCACUCAAGGGAUGUGUUCGCAGGCUUCGUUGUGAUGACGAGUUGGGCAAUGCUGGCCGUGGAGCUGCUGAACCCCUACAUGCCAGAGCUGUCCAGCUUCUGGGAGGACUGCCCAUUCUGCCGCCGCUCUUUACAGUCAGUGAUGUCCGCCAACCUCCUGCUCUUCAAGACCGUGGUCGCCGGGGACAGCUGGGGUCAGGUGGCUGUGCCAUUGAUCGAAGCCCAUCCCACGGUCGCCAUCCCAAUCUUCAUCGGCUCCCAGCUCUCCAUUGUCUUCGGCGUGCUGAACUUGGUGGUUGCAGUGGUGGUGGACACUUUCGCCGAGCAGCGUACAAAGGACGUGACGAGCAUGGCGCAAGAGAUGGACGAGGAUGCGGAGGAGGAGCUCCAAGAGCUGGACAAGAUCUUUGCCAAGAUUGACAGCGACAAUGAUGGCGUGCUGAGUUGGGAGGAGUUGGUGAAAGGCGCUUCGAGAGUCCGAGAGUUUCAACACCGGCUGCGGGUCAUGGACAUCGACCAGAAGGACCUGGAGCAGCUCUUCUCCAUGCUGGACCACAACUCGAACAAGACCGUGGAUCCCGAUGAGUUCAAGCGGACCCUGGCGAGGUGGGCCUUUGACUCCAAGACGGCCACACGCUUCGUGCGGUACACCUUGCAGCUUGACAACUUUCACAUACUUUCAAAACUAAACUUGAGCCUGGUUUGUUUUUUCGGAUUUCGAAGCUUCCUCGACGCGACUCCCGCGUCCGCGCGGUUCAGGAUUUUUGAAUGGAUUGUUUGCGGGCGUAAGAGCAGGGAAUCAGUGACAAGCACGUCCCACAGACCAAGGCAGCAACUAAUGGAAGAUCACAGCUCCGCAGCUGAGAAGCUCUCGAACAUGGAGUCGCCUCUCAGCGUGAAACUUGAGCUCGAUCCUCGCUUGAUAGCCCUUGCGUCGGGCACCCAAAGACACAUCCCCGCACAGCCCAAGCUACCCGAAGGAAGCACCCUAUAG